CACAGGGCAGGGAGAGCUACGGCCUCCGUCCCUGCAGGCGCCCGCCCCUCACAAACCCACCAUGUUCUUUGCCGCGAACUCUGGUGAGCGCCUCGGGUCGCCACGGGACGCGGUGCGCAUGCGCGGGGACGCCUAUUGUGCCGGGACCUCGCGUUACCCCUGGAAACACCGGAGCUUCGGCGACUCGAGGGGACAAAGGUCAGGCGAUUCAAGAUGGCGGAGGACCUGGACGAGCUCCUAGAUGAAGUGGAGUCCAAGUUUUGCACACCCGACCUUCUAAGACGGGGCGUGGUUGAGCAACCCAAAGGUUGCCGUGGCGGCACCCACAGCAGCGACCAGAACCAAGCCGAGGCGAAAGAGAAUCUCAGAUCAACGGAAACAUUUAAAAGAGAAGAUGAUCUUGACAGUCUGAUUAAUGAAAUAUUUGAAGAGCCCACCUUGGACAAAAAACAGUCUAAAUUAAAAUCUAAAUCUUCCUGUAACACAUCUGUCAGAGCUUCCAUUCAAGGCCGUGGUAAAAGUUGCAGUCCGGUGUACCUUGGUGGAAGCUCUAUUCCAUGUGGGAUUGGAACAAGUAUUUCAUGGAGAGCAUGUGACCAUCUGCGUUGUAUAGCCUGUGAUUUCUUGGUAGUAAGCUAUGAUGACUAUAUGUGGGACAAAUCAUGUGAUUAUCUGUUUUUCAGGAACAACAUACCAGAAUUCCACAAAUUAAAAGCAAAGUUGAUAAAGAAGAAAGGAACACGAGCAUAUGCCUGCCAGUGUAGCUGGAGAACUAUUGAAGAACUGACCGACCUUCAGACAGAUCAUCAGCUUCGUUGGGUUUGUGGUAAACAUUAAGAAUGUAGACUGCACAUUCGGACAGAUGCAUCCAUGAGAGCAGUAUCCGUUAAUCAUCAUAAUGUUUAGGCAAUGGUCCCUAGCAAUACAUUCCCUGUGGGAAAAGGCAGUGAAUUUUACUGAUACAACUACACACAGUUUUUAAGACCAAAUGGACUAAGGAAGAUUAUUAUAACACUUUGGAAUUUU